CCGCCGCCGCCGUCAGAUUAGAUCGGCGCAGGUCUCUGAUUUGUGUACAAAUGGAAAAGUUUAUAGUGUGAAUUAAAAAAGAUGCAUAUUAAACAAAUUAUUAUACAAGGUUUUAAGAGCUAUAAGGAUCAAACAGUAGUUGAACCCUUUGAUAAAAGACAUAAUGUUGUGGUUGGAAGGAACGGAUCCGGUAAAAGCAAUUUUUUUUACGCAAUUCAGUUCGUGUUAAGUGAUGAAUUUACACAUUUGAGACCUGAACAACGUCAGGGACUUUUACACGAAGGAACUGGUGCAAGAGUAAUAUCAGCUUAUGUGGAAAUUAUAUUUGACAACUCCGACAACAGAGUACCGGUAAGAAAUUUUCAAAUUAAAAAAAUAUCUAUUUUCAACAUUACUAUGAACCUGACAACACCCUGUAUCAUAUCUUUUAGGCAAGAAGAAGAAGGACAAGGAGAUCGCAUUUGGUGCCAUCGGGAGAUUUGA